UUGAAAUAGCCGGUACUUUUUCACAUGGCGUAUUGGCGCUCGUAUCGACAAUUUUUGUUUUGCAAAUCGCAAUUCGCAAAUUCGUAAUUCAUACUGAAAAAGUGGCCUCGAUCAUCGGUUGAAAUCCCUAUAUUUUUCCUACGUCUUGCAUUAUCUGUGAAUUAACCAUGUCUGCGGGAGGAUCACAACAACCAAACACAACAGGACUGGCUACUCCUACUGGUACACCAGCAAACACAGGUUUUAGUCUAGGUACUCCUGCUGCAGGCACUAGUGCAGGAUUUAGCCUUACUGGUGCAACCACUUCAACGGCUGCACCCUUGACAUUCAAUCUUGGUGGUAACACAGCAACUACUGCUAACACUGGUUUUAAUUUGGGAGCAAGUGCAGCAACAUCGAGUACAGGAUUCAAUUUAGGAAGUACAACUGCCAGUAACUCACUUGGUUUGACAUUGGGCAAAACUACAACACAAACAACUACAACCACUACACCUACUUCUAUCGCUGCUAUCAGCAGCCAACCUCAAGUGUCCUUAGGUCCUACUACCACAGUUAGCACAUCUUCAGCUAGUAAACCUUCUAAUGCUAUCAACUUUUGUCAACUAGAAGAAUCUAUCAAUAAAUGGACUUUGGAAUUGGAAGAGCAGGAAAAAGUAUUUGUCAAUCAAGCAACGCAAAUCAAUGCUUGGGAUAGGUUGUUGAUAAAUAAUGGUGAAAAAAUUGUUACGCUGAAUCAAGAAGUUGAAAGAGUAAAAUUAGAACAACAACAACUUGAACACGAACUUGACUAUGUUGUUGGUCAGCAAAAAGAAUUACAAGACUGCUUGGUACCUCUUGAAAAAGAACUAGCUUUACUGUCAGUUACAGAUCCUGAAAGAGAAUAUACUUAUAGAUUAGCUGAAAAUAUAGAUACUCAAUUGAAACAAAUGUCAGAAGAUCUGAAAGAAAUUAUAGAGCAUUUGAAUGAAGCAAAUCGUGCUCAAGAUUCUAGUGAUCCAAUAGUUCAAAUAGUAAAAAUUCUUAAUGCACAUAUGAACAGUCUUCAAUGGUUAGUGCAAAGGACGAAUGUACUCAGUACAAAAAUACAGCAAAUAGAUCAGAUGCAUCAAAGUUUUAGACAAGAGAAUGAACGAAGUUUCAGUUUGGCAUACAACUGAUAAUGAUAUUGGUUUUGUUCUUACCUGUAAUAUUUUGGGAUAUAUUUCUAUAUAACAUGAUUUAAAAAAUUUUCUUAAUAAAAUGUGUUUUUUCGUCAAUUAAUA